AUGACUGACCACCACAUCGAAGACUUUCCCACCCGCGCGGUGCAGAAGCUGACUGCCAUGCUCACGCUCCCGCCCCAACACGGGCUCGUUCGGCCGACGGCCGGCUGGCAGGCCAGCCAGAGCGAAGCCGUCGCCAACCUUCCCCAGAGCUGCCGGCGUCCGCCCAUCGAGGACGCCAACCCCAUCAAGCUCCUCAAGCGAGGGCUCAUGAGAAUGUCGGAGAAGCACUCACUCCCCUUGGUCCCCGACGCCGCCGUCCUGUGCCAGGCGCACAAGGAGCUCCACCCCUGGCGCAUGCGCAGCCUCUUCCUGCUGCUCGCCUCCGAGUGCGGCAUCCGGUCGGACCGCAUCCGCCGGCACCAGGGCUUCGACGGCAUCCCGCCGGCGCAGGACGUCCAGGACUUUGUGUACCGCAUGACGUCGAUCGCCGGUCUGUGGAUCGCGCCCGCCGACUUUGAGGCCCGCUUCGGGUUCCAGCCCGACGUGCUGCGGCCGCUCCGGUCGGGCUGCGAGGCCUGCAUGCUGGCCGUCGUCGGCGCACGCGCGCAGCUGCUCGUCGACCUGCGCGCCAACAUGCUGGCGCGUUCGAAACGGGGCCACGAGCCGGCCUUCUUGCGCUUCGUCGACGCCUGGAUCGAGUGGGUUCGGCGACGAUGCGAGCGCCGUCUUUGCCGAAAAGCCAGUGGGCUGUCGGACCAGUUGCGGGCCGAUCCGGCCCCGAAGAUGGGCCCGCCGUCACCCCCUUAA